CGAGGUUUUUGUGGCGACAAAAUAACUUUUAAAUCGAUAUAUAGAAUAACUUCUGAAUCAAUAUCUUACAGUUAUCGGUUGAUAGAAUGUAAAAGUAUUUAGCAAUCUUGAGGCGUAUAUGUUUUGUAGAAAUGAAGAAAUUACGACCAAAUCCAAUGUCUCGGGCAAAUAUAUUUUCCUACCUAUCAUAUUGGUGGUUGAACGAUUUUUUUGCUGAAGGAUCCAAGCGAACCUUACAAGAGUCUGAUAUGUUUGAACUUGAUGCUUCUAAUAUGUCGGCAGAAAUUACACGGGAUUUAGAAAGAAAUUGGGAGAAAGAAAUUCGAAGAUCUAAAAAAGAAAUUAAACCGAGUUUAAUUCGAGCAGUAGCAAUGACGUAUAGAAGUCAAUUUAUAUUAUGUGGUGUUUUGAUUCUUAUAGAAGAAUGUCUCAGAACAGCAGUACCAGUCUUGAUAGCAUAUCUCGUAAAAUACUUCGAGAAUCAAGCGCUUACUCCAGUUUGGCAUGCAUAUUCUUACGCAACAGGGAUAAGUAUAGUUACAAUAACAUUGGCUAUUUUUCAUCAUCAAUAUUUUUAUAUAACGAGUAGAAUUGGAUGGCUUAUGCGUGCAUCAACUUGUUCUUUGAUGUAUAAAAAGGUAGGAUACUUUCGUAUACUUUUAUAAUAUUGCAAUGUUUCAACUGCAGUAUGACAUCCCAGAUGCACAUGUAUAUAUUUAUUGCCAGCGUUGUGAAUAAUCAUAUAAUUUAAAACUUCUUCAUCAAAUGACGAAAAUCAGUCUUCGCUUUUAUCGAGGUUAUUGUACGUCGCUGUACUGCUUUCCUUUCUCAAAAGUAGUGUAGUUUGAGCAUUCGAACAAUGACUAUUGUAGAUCGAUGAACCAUAAAAAAACGAUCAACCGAGUCUUUCAAUGGUUUAAUUAAUGGUUUGCAGCAUAUGUUUUUGUAUAAAGUCUUGUUCCUUCAAUUUUAUAAUUACAAAUGCUGUCGAUAUACUCAAUCGCAUACAGAUUCGUUUUUCAGACACUUCGCUUGAGUCAGAAAUCAUUGAAUAAUACAACGACAGGUGAAAUAGUUAAUCUCGGAGCCACAGAUGUUCUUCGAUUUGAUCGGCUCCCUAGCUUUCUGCAUUAUCUCUGGGUAGGACCCUUGCAAUGUUUAAUUGUUGGAAUUAUACUCUGGCAAGAAAUUGGAAUUGCUGUAUUAUCUGGAAUGGGAGUCUUGAUUUUGAUCAUGUUUUUACAAACAUUCAGCGGACGGGCAUUCGGAAAAAUCAGAAGCAUGACAGCUGUUCUUACGGAUGAACGCAUACGGCUAAUGAACGAAGUAAUAAAUGGAAUGAGAAUUAUAAAAAUGUAUGCUUGGGAAAAACCAUUUGCAAAACUUGUUUCGAACACUAGGAGAAAGGAAGUUGAGAAAAUUCUUUUAUCGUCUUCAUUGAAAGCUUGUAAUUUCUGCUUCUAUGCAUGCCAAGAUAAAAUACUGACUUUUGUUACGUUAUUGACAUAUGUCGCAUUGGGAGGUACAAUAACAGCGUCGAAGGGUUUUAUGGUUUUGUCCAUCAGUUCUGCUCUACGGAUUUCAGUUGGCUUUGCAUUUCCGCGUGGCUUGACAUUGUUGUUCGAAUCACUAACUUCCUUCGCAAGAAUUGAGAAAUAUUUGCUGAUGGACGAAUUUUCUAAUAUUCGAAAUAAUUUAAAAUCAAACUCCAACCAAGAAAUCCACGUGGAACUUGAAAACUUCACUGGUAAAUGGGAAUUGAAUAAUGAUGCUGAAGAGAGAUCCGAUAUCACAUUGGAUUGUGUAAAUGUCCGAGUAGACGCAGGAAAGUUGGUCGCAGUUAUUGGACCAGUUGGCGCAGGAAAGGUAACGAAACAAAAAAUUAUUGCACCCUCCUUACGGAACGAAUAUAAAACAUGUGAAAACAAAAAGGUUUCUUUGUCUUCGCUCUUGAACGCAAUACUCGGUGAAUUGCCUGCGGCUGAAGGGAAAGCUAUAGAUCUUGAUCUUCUGAUUGAAGGAGACAUGACACUCAUAGGCGAGAGGGGUGUUACAUUAAGCGGAGGUCAAAAGGCAAGAGUAAGCUUAGCACGAGCUGCGUACAAAAGAAAUGCAGUUAUAUGCUUAUUGGACGAUCCACUUAGCGCAGUAGAUAUCUCUGUGGCAAGUCAUAUAUUCGAACACUGCAUUUGUGGAAUAAUGAAAAAGAAAGCACGAAUACUCGUUACUCAUCAACUACAGCUAUUGAAGAGCGUGGAUGAGAUUCUCAUUUUCAAAGAGGGAAGAGUAUAUGGUCGCGGAACUUAUGCCGAACUUCAGGAUAGUGGAGUUGAUUUUGCUGCUUUGCUCAGGAAAAAAGAAGACGACAACGAAUCAGUCUUUUGUGAAAAACGGCAAACCGUUAGAGGAUCCCCUCUCAGCUUGAGAGACAAUUCAAAUGACUCAACACAAACAUCUAUAGUUCCAGAUCUAUCCAUCGAAGACACAGAGAUAGAGGGACAUACAGCAAAGAUCAUUGCAGAGGAAAUGAGAGAACAAGGGAGUAUUGGAGGAAAAGUUUAUCUCGAAUAUUUCAGAGUUGCGGCAAAUGCAUUCUUACUUGUUUUAUUUUUCAUCAUUGUAAUAGCAAGUCACGUGCUAUACAUCAUGAAUGACUGGUGGUUAUCGAAAUGGACAACAUCAUAUAAAGACUACCUGUCAAAUUUGUCAUCAAAUAAUCCAGAUUUUUCUUCUGGAUCAGGACAAAAUGAACCGUCUGAGGUUUUUAAUUCGACUACCUCGUUUACAAGUGUUAACAAUAAAAACACGUUUGAUUCCAGCUAUUACAUAAAGAUAUAUGCAGUUCUAUCUUCGAUGGUGCUUUUGAUUGUGUUGCUUCGUGCAAAUUUACAUUUUUAUAUUUGCGUCACCUCCGGCAUUCACAUGCAUAAGAAGAUGUUUGAAGCAAUCCUACGAGCCCCGAUCAGAUUUUUCGAUACCAAUCCAGCAGGAAGAAUCCUAAACAGAUUUUCCAAAGACAUGGGACAGAUAGACGAGUUUCUGCCAAUCGCAUUCAUUGACUUUCUGUGGAUUCUUGGCGUGAUCGUCAGUGUUGUAAUCCUAACAUCUGCCGUCAACUAUUUUGUCAUCAUUGUAAUUAUUCCAUUGGUCAUUUAUUUUCUAUGGCUAAGAAUAUAUUACUUGCGUACUUCAAGAGAUAUAAAAAGACUAGAAGGAACUUGCAGGAGUCCAGUCUUCAGCUUGCUAUCAUCAACUUUACAAGGUUUACUCACUAUUCGUGCUUUCGGUGUUCAACAACAGUUUGAAGAUAAAUUUCACGAAUAUCAAGAUUUACACAGUGCGUCAUGGUUUCUGUUUCUUGUUGGAACAAGAUGGUUUGGAUUACGACUCGAUUUGAUAACUGCUACGUUCAUAUCAGCCGUUACAUUUUUCUCCGUAAUUUGCGCUUCAUUAUUGAAUCUUAAUGCGGGUGAAAUUGGAUUAGUCUUAACCUACACGGCAUCAUUAAUCAGUAUAUUCCAAUGGGGAGUUCGCCAAAGUGCAGAAGUAGAAAAUUUAAUGACAUCAGUAGAAAGAGUUCAGCAAUAUUAUCGCCUACCGCCAGAAGCCGCGUUAGAGAAUCCAGCUAAAAAGCCACCAAACAGCUGGCCAGAAUGUGGCGCUAUCAAGUUUGAAAACGUCUCAUUUUCUUAUUAUGAUGGUGGACCCAAUGUGUUAAGAAGCAUUGAUUUCGUAAUACAACCAAAAGAAAAGAUCGGAAUUGUUGGACGAACUGGUGCUGGUAAAAGUUCUCUUAUAUCAGCACUUUUCAGAUUGUCGGAACUAACAAGUGGUGAAAUAUUCAUAGAUGGAAUUCCCAUAUCAUCUUUAGGACUUCAAGAUCUACGCAAAGCAUUAUCCAUAAUUCCACAGGAUCCGAUGCUUUUUACUGGAACAGUGAGAAGAAACAUUGAUCCUUUCAACAAUUAUUUGGAUGAAGAUUUAUGGGACGCAUUGGAGCAGGUUCAGUUGAAAGAAUUGGUGGAAUCGUUUCCUUUGAAACUGAACACAGAACUUGCUGAAUCGGGAUCUAAUCUCAGUGUUGGACAAAGACAACUUGUUUGCCUUGCUCGAGCAGUUUUGAGGAAAAGUAAAAUUCUUGUGAUUGAUGAAGCUACUGCAAAUGUCGAUAUCAGAACAGAUCGUCUGAUUCAAAAGACGAUAAGACGAAAGUUCAAGCAAUGCACUGUUAUAACCAUUGCUCACCGAAUAAAUACAAUAAUAGAUUCAGACAAGAUUCUGGUGCUAGAGGAAGGACAAGUCAAGGAGUUUGACAAACCAAAUGUUCUUUUGCACAAAAGGGAUGGCCUGUUUGCUAGCAUAGUGAAAAGUGCUGGACUAUCUGCAGCAGAACCAAAUUGCGAAUAG